AUGAAGACUAUCAUAGCCACCGUUUGCCUCGUAGCCAUGGCGUUGGCCGAACCACCACCGUCCAAUAGUUACCUCCCCCCUUCCCCGUCGAGUCGUUCGGGGGGCUACCCGCAAGGAGGGCCACAAGGUCACGGUGCCCACGGGGGCCAUGGAGGCCACGGGGGCCUCGGCCAAGCGGGGCCUCAAAUUGUGGCUGCUAGAAACCUGGACCAUGGUCGAGCUGCUGGUGGAUUUGGAAAGAGCGCGGGAGGUCACGGCCACAAAGCUCAGGCCAGGUUCGGAGGUCAAGGGUACGAUCAACAAGGAUACGAUGCUAACGCCUCUCCCUUCGGAAGGAGCGGUCUUGAUGAUGAGGAACCAGCAAGAUACAAUUUCGGGUAUAUGGUCAAUGAUUACCAAGAGGGCACUGACUUUGGACAUCACGAGGAGAGGCAAGACGAGAGGGCUGAGGGGGAGUACCAUGUUGUACUCCCUGAUGGGAGAAAACAGACCGUGAGCUACGAAGCCGACGAGCGUGGGUUCAAACCCCACAUCUCUUAUGAAGAUUCCGACGCCCUAGCCAGGUCCAAUGGGGGUUACGAUUCGAACGCCAACAACUUACAACAUGGCGGCCACGCUAAUGGCGCGAACGCCCGCUCGCAAAAGGGUUACUGA